AUGAAGAAGUGGAAAAAGCUACUUAGAGCCGGAUCGAUCACUGAAGUAAAAUACCCCGAAUGGCUAGCAAAUCCAGUCGUCGUCAAAAAGAAAAACGGAAAGUGGAGAGUCUGCGUCGAUUUCACAGACCUGAAUAAAGCAUGCCCAAAGGAUAGCUUCCCUUUACCGCAUAUCGAUCGCCUCGUCGAGGCCACGGCAGGGAAUGAAUUACUAUCCUUCAUGGACGCCUUUUCAGGAUACAAUCAGAUCUUCAUGCAUCCCGAUGAUCGCGAGAAGACGGCAUUCAUUACCGAUCGUGGCACCUAUUGCUAUAAAGUGAUGCCUUCGGCCUCAACGAUUAGUGAACAAAAUGUUCGCGGACCAGCUCGGUAG